AUGUCUCUGGCGGCCGUGGACGACGAGCAGCAAGCGCGACUAUGCGGACGUGCACGGGCCAAGGAGAUCUUCCAGCCGAUGCGGUGGAAGCGUAUUGGUACACUUCCAGACGAAGCUGCUAAGCUCUACGAGAGCGCUCGACGCUCUGCGACCCGCUGCUACAGUCUCCGAGCUGUGAAGCCUCUGCAAGCUUCAUUAGACGAGGUUGAGGCGGUUCUAACGGGACAAACAGCGCUCCUCGGGAGAGAUGACACACCUUCGCUAUUGGCGCGUCUACUACCGGCCACGUACGUGUCUGGUGGACGUGUCGCUCGCUACCCGACGCUCGAGCACUCGACAAGUGAGCGAGAGAAUGUGGCACUGCAAUACGCAAGACUUAAGCCGUAUACAGCCCAACAUCCUGGACAAGAGACUAAGAACGCAGUUCUUCUGGCGUCUGUGGACAACUAUGUGCUGCUGGGCUACACGCUGUCCACAAAACUGCAACGCUCGGAUACGAGUAAAAGGAAGACGUCCGAGUCGUCUACACCCAGAACAGCGAGCUCUGUGCCCUCGUUACUCCACUUAUAUCGCCCUGUCAGCGCUCCAUCUUUCGCUGAAAGAAGACACGACUUCCGACCGGAAAAGCUGGCAACCAACGACUUUAGCAUCACCUACAUCAUCCAGGAGAUGCCGUCAACUACCGAAGAGCAGAAAGAGCCUUCCGUGACGCUCGAAGUGGUGUUUACGUGCUCUCUAACCUCAGUGGAUCAAGAUAAGGAGGUUCUUAACCAACAGAAGCAGCGACUUCGACACGACGCACUGUGUCUUACAAGACUCCAGCCGUUUCUUGAUGCUUACCGACAAGAGAAGACACGUCCAGUAAGUCAACGACGAGAAGCGCAACACGACCCCAAGGACUGCGACCCCAACUUGCUACGUGGGAGUAUGUUCGCGGGAGGACGCACGUGUGGUGUCUGCCACCGCAAAUUCGGCCCCUUCCGCUGGAAAAAGCAGUGCGAGGCAUGCGAGAAACUCGUGUGCAACCAGUGUCUGUCGGUAUUAGCUGCUGCGCCGUCGGUUUCUCGUCGGAAGAAGCGCGUGUGCUCUAUAUGUCUCUACGGCGAGACAGCCAACGUCGCUGCAAUGCACAAAUCUGUAGCAGAAGCCAAUGACGACGGCAAAAGCUCAGUCAGUUCAGCUGGUUCAGUCAAGACACACGCGUCGUCUGAAGGCUCGAGUAUGAACGUGUUCCAGUUCCCGAAUUUGGAGUCGUUAGUGACGAAGCACAAGGCCAAUAGACCAGCAGCUCCUGCAGCUCAAGGAACGCCGUCCCGAGCGUCUGAUCGUGUUCAGAUCGACUUGGGAUUGGACCCUUUAUUGGCUUCUUCGAGAGCUUCGGAUCGUCGACGAGCACGUUCACGGCAGUCGCAGCUUUCCCAGGGAUCUGUGGUAAGUACGACGUCAAGUGUCAGUGCCACGAGCUUCGUUCCAGCUGACAACCGACGCGCGACGUUAUCGAGUCAAAUCGAUCUGGACGACAGCGAGUCGACUGUGUCCAAGUCCAUGCGUACUCGACGUGCCAAGACGGUGCUGCUAGAAGACGAGCUUUCAGUGAAGAAAGUGAGCUACAAAUCUUUGAACUUCAUCGCGCCGCUCUCGUCUUCAGCCCCGACGCAUUCGCUGUAUGCAACAUCUGAAGAAGAGGACGAGAGGACGCAGCAUACUGUAAAGCCCCGUGCAAGCUCCUGUCGGACCUCCAAGAUUCAAUUCGUACAGCUAAGGACUCCAGAACCUGAUUAUGAGCUGGAUUUCAGCUGGUAUAAUAUCUACCCGAAGGCGCCAGUCAAGCGCAGUGCUGACGAAGUGGCUCGAGCAAAGUACGUCGAAGUGACUGGCCUGAAGGUGGAUGCCAGAUCGUUGGUCUUUUUACGUCACGAUACGGAGUUAGAGGAGCUGGCACGUCGCGUGUUGGAGGUGGCUUCGCAAUGGCAUGGCUGCAGUAUCAACAUUGUGGGUAGCUACGAAGUGUACUGCCUUGUUACCGCCUCAAAUAAACCGGAACUCGACGUGGACGACGAGUUGUUGGAGCUGGAGGCUUCUCCCCUGACUGUUGAUGACGUGGUGCCUAGAGAAGAAAGCGUCAGCGCUUAUGCGGUGCACCAUCGCUCUCCGUUCUUUGUGGCUGAAAUGGAGCACGAUCCACGUUUCCGAGCUCACCCGCUGCAUACUGAACAAGGAGCUGUGUCGCUCUUGAGCUUCCCGAUUUACUCUUCCGGUGCCGAUACGAGCGGCUCACUGUCUCGAAGUGAAGCUUACUGUGUGGCUACGUUGGAUCUGUGGAAACGAGACCACGUGCUUGCGAGCAGCCACGUCUCCACCGACUGGAUGACCAACAUUGCUGACUUAUUACGCAAGAUCAGUGCUCGUCUGGAAGCUCUCGCGUUGGAGUCGCACGCCUUUCUCAAGCCUCGCGGUCGAGCCAACCACUCGUUCGGAUCUUCAUGCGAUUCUAGAGGUAGUACUAGACGUGCUGAUUCGAUUAUUGACCUCUACGAUAUUGACAGUGAGUCUGUAGUAGACUCCCCACCGUUGUCUCAAGCGGAGACGAUGGAUCGACUCACCAGUCUGUCAUACGCCAAGGUGCGUGGUCUUGGCUUGGGUGGCAUGAGUGGACCUGGCUCAGCGACGUGGAAAUACGACAGCGACAACGAGAGCACAACGUCCAGUCAGAGUGCUAGCAGCUCUUGUAGCCAAAGCUCACGCUUCUCUUCGCAUCUCUAUUCGGCCGCAGACAUGCACUCGACUAUUGAAUCGUUGUUACAACAGGCUUCGAAGACUUCCCAGUACAUCAGUGAGACGGGAGUAUCCAUUUAG